UACAAUCCUUGCGAAAGGAACUGGACUAUCUCAAGGCGACAGAGUGGAGAUAUCAGCCCAUAGAUCGAUACUUGGAUAGAAGUCAAAGAAAUUAAGUAUGCUGUCAUUAAUCUAUAACGGAUUUAGAUAUGCUCUAAACUUUGUACAUACGGAUAAAACCAAGGAAGAAGAAAACAUAGAUGAGAUCAUAUCUCGUAUAGAGUAUGCAAAAGAAGAUGCAGGUGCGGAUACAGAGGAAGAAGAGUAUAUAGAGAAAAAAGAAGCACUGAGUGAACAAGGAUGUUAUUACAAAACAGGAUGUAUCACUUAUGUUGCAAAUGAUCAUGUUCUCAUAGAUGAUUGCUAUCCAUUUGAGAAGGAGGAUGAAACGACCAGUAAUCUGAAAGUGGGUGAUAAAAUUUACUACUCGCUAUAUCUGCGAGAUACAAAUGCGGAACCAAAAGUACGAAAAAUUAUCUAUGUGAUAGACGACACCUGGGAUAAUGCAAAUGCCAAAUUAAAUAGAGACGUAAUUCAUAAACAUAUGAUAUCAAAAAGUAUAGUCGCUAAAGUAACGAAACGCGAAGGUCGAAUCGCCUUUGUUGAGCCUAAUAAUAUUCGUAUUGAUUUAAGCAAGGUACAAACCGAUUUUAUUCCCCUGGUCGGCGAUUGGUUAACAUUAGAUUCCUUGGUCGAAUUAGAUCGCAAUUCUACAGAUUUGAGUGGCGAAAUCAUAGAGGUGGAUAAAAUCAAAUCGUUACGAUCUAAACUAGAUGUUGGAGUAAUAACGAAAUACGAUCCACGAAAUGAAGUGGGAAUAAUCGAUAAAUGUGUGAUAUUUCACAAAAGCGUCUGUGAGCCAGGUUACAUUCCUUGCGUUGGUGAUAAAGUGGUAAGCGAUAGCAUAGAAAGCGAUCAAGGACAGUACAGUUGGAGAUCACUGAUCAUAGUUCCAUUAAUUCAGUUUUCAGAAAAAUCCACUAAAUCACUAAUCACAACUAAUAUUUCUUCAAUAUUAACAGAUAAUAAUGACUUACUAAAAAACAAAUGUGGAAUUUUCAUAGAUAAUCACUUGAAAUUCAAUUUGAAUAUAGAAGAAGAAAGCAGCUUGAUGGUUUCUAUACGAAAUAAUGGCAGUUAUACUCAUAUGUUGCGGGGUGGCUCUUUCAUGCCACAAAAUGUCACUGCGUCUCAGUUGUCAUUACAGUCGCCGAUAAAUACAGAUAUUAAUACAAUAAUAGAACCUUCUGGCAGUGUUACAUAUACAUUCAAAUGUAAAGCAAAAUUUAUCGGCAUGUCCCAGGAGUUGUUUAUCUUUCACUUUAAAGAUUUCAAAAUCGGUAGAAUAUUUUAUAUAAACGUCAAAGCGAUAAACAUUUCAGAAAAGAUUGAUUCCGCGUCUGGUAGACAAAAAAAUAUAUAUAAUAAAAUUAACAUAGCUAAUUUGAAAGAAUUAAAUGAGACUACAUGUAUUCCUGGUGUAAAGCCAUUUAAAUCACCUGCGUUUAUCCAAGUACGUAGCGGAAUAUUCAAAGUACCGCAAUAUAUUUGGGAUGCGGUCCUGGAUAUUAUGGAGAAUGGGAAAUCGCCGGAUCAGCGUGAAGUCGCUAUUGGAAAUCUGAUGCCUUGUCUUAAGAAACAGCUUUCCUUCCAUACGUAUAAGGAACGUUUUCAUAUUUUAUUGUAUCUCGAGGAUAUAAGUGAAAAGCUCAACAUGCAACAAUAUAGUAUGGAAAGCGCAGUUAUGCGACGACACGGAGAAUAUCUUGCACUUGAAGUGCCAGGAUUAGUGGAAAAACGACCUUCUCUUGUUCUUGGUGAUAGAGCUAUAGUAUCUUUCAAAUGGGAUAAUUCUCGAGGACAGACAAAAUACGAAGGCUUUAUUCACAAAGUCACAGGCAGUGAAAUUUUCUUAAAAUUUAAUGAGAAGUUUCAGGAACAGUACAAUAGAGAGGAUUGUCAGGUGACAUUUAAAUGCUCAGAGAGUUUUAUUCAACGUUGUCACAAUGCUAUUAAUUUAGCUUACAAUCGUCUCGGACCUGAUUUUCUGUUUCCUACAAAAGUGCAGCAAAAAGAGCCACAGUUUUAUUUGGAAGAAUAUGACAUCAAGCAGAAAUUUAGUCACGCACAAGUUCAUCACGAACACAAUGAAUCUUCUAAUAGCAUCUCUCUCAGUGAUAGUCUGUCAGGUUUUAAUAAUGAAAUCAAAAUGUCUUCACGAAAAUAUUCAGUAGCAGAAAGACUUUUAAACAUUAAAUCCAUUGAAUCAUCCUCACUUGAAGAAAUAGAAACAUUGAAUGCAAGCAUAGAAAUAAAUCAGGAUUUUGAAACAAAUUUACCAAAGAAUAUCAAUAAUAGUAAAACUAACAUAGGCAAUACCACAGUUUCGAGGAAAACAGAUGAAAUGAUUGCAGGCUUCGAUGAUGAGAUAGAAUCAUGUAUUGCUCAAAUAAAAACACGGAAAUUACAUUGGUUCAAUGAAAAAUUGAAUUAUUAUCAAAAGGAAGCUGUAAAGAACAUAAUACAGGGAUUAGCGCGGCCAUUACCCUAUGUGAUAUUUGGUCCACCUGGAACAGGAAAGACAGUGACUUUGUGUGAGACGAUUUUGCAAAUUCUGGCUGUGAUUCCUGAAAGCAGACUUCUUGUAGCGACUCCAUCAAACAGUUCGGCAAAUUUAAUAACAGAACGUCUGUUGGACAGCAACAUACUCAAGCCUGGUGAUUUGGUUCGAUUGAUAGCUCAGCAUUGCUUAAACGACGAUAUCAUUCCUGAAAAACUGCUACCUUAUUGCGCUACAGCAGAAUUAGCUGCAGAGGGUUCGGUCAAUCGUUUUUGUCAUCGCGAGAAUCAACCAAAAUUGAACUGCACUAUGUCGAUUCUAGGUCGUCAUAGAAUCACCAUCGGCACCUGCGCUGCAUUGGGAAUACUACAUAACAUGGGCUUUCCCCGUGGACAUUUCUCGCACAUCUUAGUCGACGAGGCCGGUCAAGCGACUGAGCCGGAGAUUAUGAUUCCUUUGAACUUCAUUCAUUCCGAGAAUGGCCAGGUGAUUCUUGCGGGUGAUCCGAUGCAACUUGGACCUGUCGUGCAGAGUAACUUGGCAACAGAGUUUGGACUCGACGAAUCGUUUUUAUCGAGACUGUUGCAGCAAUUUCCUUAUCAAAAAGAUCCGGAAAGAUUCAAGAAAUUCCAUUACGAUCCCAGACUCGUUACGAAACUCGUUAUGAACUAUCGAAGUUUACCGGAGAUAUUGAAUUUAACAAAUUCGCUAUUUUAUGAUUCGCAAUUACAGCCACAAAUAUCAUCUGAGAACAGUAAAGAAGCUAAACUAUUAGAAAUGUUGAGAAUGGAACUACCUGAUAGACCUGACUCAUCGCCACCAGCUGUAGUUUUUCAUGGAGUCGAUGGUAGGAAUCUUCGAGAUACGGCCAGUCCAAGUUGGUACAAUCUCGAAGAAGCAACACAAGUUUACGUAUAUUUAUUGAAGCUAUACAAAUAUGGACUUGAACCGGAUGAUAUAGGAAUUAUAACUCCUUAUCACAAGCAGGUAUUGCAAAUUAGAGAUCUGUUAUUGGCGGUAGAUCUUAAAUUACCAAAAAUCAGUAGUGUGGAAGGAUUUCAAGGCCAAGAAAGGAAAGUGAUUAUUCUAUCGACUGUCAGGUCAUGCAAAAAUUUAGUUAAUGAGGAUAUUAAACAUGCACUAGGAUUCAUUGCUUCGCCAAAAAGACUUAAUGUUUCGAUUACUCGAGCACGAGCUUUGCUUAUUAUUGUGGGAAAUCCAAAAUUACUCUCUUCAGAUCCAUAUUGGAGAAAUAUUCUGAUGUAUUGUAUCGAAAAUAAUGCCUAUGCAGGAUCUAAUAUUUUAUUUUCAAAUACAACAGAUUUUAUAUAAUAUAAUUAGACAUUAUUGAUUUUUUAUAAUAUGAAAUGUGCAAAAAUCAUAAUUAGCUAAUCAUUAUGUUAUACAGGAUUUCCCAACCUUAUCGUACCAUCCGUUUAUGGGAGACUUCUAAAAUUAUUUGGAGAUGAUUUUUUCUCAGCGAAAAUGUCCCGAGGAAGGUCAUCACUUUUUUUAAUGUUUCC